CGUCGUGAAAAAAAAUCAAUAUUCGUUCUAACGAACAAAGACUCGCACGUAGAAGUUUAACAUUUACAUUUUUUUUUGAUUUUUUUUUCUUAAGUAUAAGUAGCAAGAAAUGGCUGACGCCGAAUUUGAAGAAUUUAGACAAUAUUUCGAGGCUUUACCGCAACAUAUUAGUUCUUCGGCUCAAAAUUAUAGAUUGGUUCAUGACGUUGUAUUCGAUGAAGAAGCCUCGCUAAACUUAUCCAACUACCAGUAUUCGAACAAAGUUUUAACAGAAGAUGAUGACGAGUCGUUUGAAAUUUCCAACGAAAAUGAGAGCCUUACAUUUUCUCCAAAAAGGCAAAUUUUUUCAAAUAUUAAAAUUACCAAUAACGAAAGAAGAAGACGAAAGCUUACCGAUUCGCCGAAAAAGCAAAUAAGUUACGAAUCAAAAGAUGAAAAGGAAUACCAAAGUUUACAAUUCGAUAAUCAAAUAUACUCAAAACACGACAUCUCAGGGCAUCAGUCUUCGUCAUUACCUUAUAUACGAGACACUGUCUAUUCUUCAGAUUCUGAGCUUUGCGACUCCGGUAACUCGACAGCUCAUUCGCCCGAGGAUGGAAAUUUACCAGGAGUACCCAUCGGUUCCAUGAAUAGUUCUUUCAUUCAGUUUGAAUUAUUAGAAGCUACUCACAGAGCUUUGCACAAAUUCAUUGCCAGACAUUCCGACGAACUCGAGCUUGACGUCGGAGAUCCAAUUUAUGUUCAAAAAGAAGCUGAUGAUCUGUGGUGUGAAGGUAUCAACUUACGGAAUGGCAAUCGAGGUAUAUUUCCAUCAGCUUACGUUGUUGAUGUAGAUUACAACGAUUUUGAUCCCUCGAUGCAACAAAGCAAACGAGAACGAUUCCUUUUAUCGUAUUUGGGGUCGGUGGAAACCCUAUGCCAUAAAGGGAAUUCAGUAUUAUGUCAAGCAGUAAGAAAAAUCAUAUCUACUAAACAAAUUGAUUACCAUUCGUGUAUCCUAGAAGUAUCUGAUCACGGAUUAAGAAUGUACAAUAAAUUAAACCCAACUAAAGACACAAUACCACCGUUGGAUUACUUUUACUCAUUGAAGAAUGUAUCAUUUUGCGGAUUCUAUCCCAAUGAUUCAAGAUUCAUGGGAUUUAUUACAAAGCAUCCUCACUGUGAUAGAUUUGCCUGUCAUGUGUUUCAUUCCAACGAUACAACUCGACCAAUAACUGAAUCGAUUGGGCGUGCUUUUAAUCGAUUUUACCAAAAAUAUGUUGAGACUGCUUACCCGGUAGAAGACAUUUAUAUAGAAUGAACAAUAAAGCGAGUUUUACAAAUGUGUACUUCGGCGAGUACAAUUAAAACUUCCUAUUAAUGAAUUAUUUAGAAAUUUUUCAUUUUAAAAUAUGAACUUCGGUGUAUUAUACUACACUGUUUAUAUUACAAUUAUAUUUUUUUGCUUAUCA